AUGGGCGUGGUACUGAGCUGGUUUGAUGGCCUCUUCGCCAAGAAGGAUGCGACCAUAUUGAUGGUGGGGCUCGAUGCCGCAGGAAAGACAACUAUCCUGUGGAAGCUGAAGCUGAACGAGGUGCAGCAGACGGUCCCGACACUGGGCUUUAAUGUACAGACGGUGGAGUACAAAAAUAUAAAGUUCCACCUCUGGGACGUAGGUGGCCAGAAGCUACUGCGGUCUCUCUGGAAACACUACUACGAGGGGGCAAACGCAAUCAUUUUUGUCAUCGACAGCAACGACAGGGACCGGGUGGGGGAGGCACGGCAGGAGCUGGAGAAGCUGCUGAAUGAGCCACUACUGGCAGGCGCAACCAUC